AUGAAGUUUCGGGCCAAGAUCGUGGACGCGGCCUGUUUGAAUCACUUCACGAGAGUCAGUAACAUGAUAGCCAAGCUUGCCAAAACCUGUACCCUCCGCAUCAGCCCUGAUAAGCUGAACUUCAUCCUUUCUGACAAGCUGGCCAGUGGAGGGGCGAGCAUGUGGUGUGAGCUGGAACAGGAGAACUUUUUCAGUGAAUUUCAGAUGGAAGGUGUCUCGGCAGAAAACAAUGAGAUUUAUUUAGAGCUAACAUCGGAAAACUUAUCUCGAGCCUUGAAAACUGCCCAGAAUGCCAGAGCCUUGAAAAUAAAACUGACUAAUAAACACUUUCCCUGUCUCACAGUCUCUGUAGAGCUGGUUAGUAUUUAUUUGCCAGUCUUGAAGACUAUGAAGAGUGUUGUGGAGAAAAUGAAAAACAUCAGUAAUCACCUUGUUAUUGAAGCAAACCUAAAUGGAGAAUUGAACUUGAAAAUAGAAACUGAAUUAGUGUGUGUUACAACUCAUUUUAAAGAUCUCGGAAAUCCUCCACUAGCCUCUGAAGAUGCUGCUGAAAACAGAAACCCAGAACAAAUGGCUGAAGUGCACGUAGAUAUUAGGAAGCUCCUACAGUUUCUUGCUGGACAGCAAGUAAAUCCUACAAAGGCCUUGUGCAAUAUUGUGCAUAACAAGAUCGUUCACUUUGAUUUGCUUCACGAGGAUGUCUCCCUUCAGUACUUCAUCCCGGCCUUGUCCUAGCACCACCUCACUGGACUUGGGAGCCCAGCGACCUUGUCAUGAUGGGGUUAGCAGUAGGGGUAUGUGUUCCCCGUCAUUUGUGUCCUCACAGCACCACAGGUCUGUGCACUGUGUGCGUUUCUCCUCUGUAACAGUUCAACUAAAAAUAGAGGGAUUGAAACACUUUUGGAUGAACGUAUUAUUUCAUUUUACUCAUGUCUGUUGUUUUGCUUUCAAGACGUGGAAAAGGUAGAAGUUGUUUAUCCAGACUUUCCAUACCAGCUUCUCAUUGAAGGUGAGCACGUCCUCGGGUACCGAGACUUGGUGUAGGGGUCAGAAUUUGCAAGAGCGGUGCCUAGGGGGCCUGGCCUGCCUCCAGCUCAGCGCGUCGUGCCGCACAGUCGCUGGCCCUUGUGUUUCUGCGUGUUCACCGCUCCUUGCUCCUGUCCCUCGGAGCCCAGUGGCACAAAGGAUGGCCCCUUUGUCAGCACAUUGACUGCCUUGGGGACUCAGAGUACUGUGGAGUGUCACAGCUGCAGCGCUCGGAGCCUCUGUCUGACUACCUGGCGACACAAGCCCUUUCCCUAUGAUGCCUGGAGAGCUGGCCUAGCAGCAGAGCUCUCUGCCCCUGGAGGCGUCCUGCCACUUCUCUUGGUUUCACCCUGCGCCAGCUCGGAUCUAGGUGAUAAUUCCAUAUGGUUCUUUCUUCCACAAUGGAAAGCAUACCUUUGUAUUUAGGGUGGAAACAAACAACUUGUAAGCUAGGUCUGUGUGAAGUGGAGAUACCACGUUUCUGUUUGUACGUCAGAGCUGUUCAGUGCUGCUGGAUGCAUUCCCCCAUUCUCCCUGAAGCACCUGCCACCACAGUUGCUACUUUCACUGACUCUCAUUUGUCCUGUGUGGUGGAAUGUAAAUACAUUAUCUUAAUGUCACAUUACAAAGUUGAGACCGACGUUGCUUGGAAUAAGAUGAAGAAAUGGAAAAUCAGCAAAAAUGAAAAUUUCUUUUUUGGCUUUUUCAUAUUAUUUGGUAAAACCAGUAUAUUUGAAUGACCCAACUGAUGUUUAACAAUGUUAGUUUAAAUAGGAUGUAACAUUAUCCAUUGCCAUGUCCAUUUAAAUAGUCCUCAGUUACAGCUCUCAUUUUUCAAAAUAAAGAUCUUUGAAAAUGUA